AUGUCGUAUCCGGCCGCCUUCAGCAGCCCGAUCAGCUCCCCCUGUCCUCGUACCACCGCCGUCACUGUCGGCGGCUCCCCGUGCUGGCCCGACCUUGACAUCGACAAGCCGUACAUCCCGCACAGCCUCUUGCUCUGCUCUCGUCUGCCGUCAUCGCCUGCUGCAGUCCGCGAGCUGAUCUCGUACAUCAGACCCGCCAUCGUCUUCCAGUACACUGACUGCAUCGGCUCGCCCGCAAGGGCUACACAUUUUUCAUCUCCCAGAGUCUUCGAUCCAGUGCCUGAGCUUGUUGAUCGCCAUGUCCUUGACUCGGUUCGACAGCUCGAUCGCCUCCU